CUCAAUGUGUCGUCCUUGUGGCUCACUUAAAUAAAAUUUCGGGUUCUGUAGGAUUUUGCAACAUUAGGUGCUUGUUAGCUAAUCCAAAAGUAAAUGAGGAACUUAGGAAAAGAUUGCCAACUCCAAAUCAACACAGUUACACAGAAUUGAAAAAGAAGCGUACAGCUUCAUUGGAGGGACUCUUGUAAGGAGCUCAGUGUGCUGCGAUAUGAGCUCUAAAAUCUUCAAGCAAAAACUGGAGUCAGUGCCAGAUCAAACAAGUUCAGAAGAACAAAUGGAGAACUGGUCAAAAGAAACACACACUCUGGAACGGAAAAAAGAAGACUUGUGGGCUGAGCUUCAGUUUCCUCAGAAUUCUCAAAAAAACACAGAAGCAUGGAAACUUUCAGAUUUGCCAGUAACCAGUCAAAGAGGAGGAGCCCCAAAUGAUUACAAUUCCAGUCCUGAAGAACUCAGCACUGUAGAAAGAAAGGUUAACAGGAUGUUCCCUGAAUUUAUGUCCUCACGGAAGGAUGCUGCAGAUUUAGGUGGAAAAACAGAAACUGCAUUCCUUUUAAAAGAAUUGGACACUCUGAGGGCCAAAAAUAAAAAGCUUCAAGAUAAGCUGUCUGAAAAGGACAAGGAGCUGAAGACAAUAAAACUGGACUUAGAACUGCAAGAGAGAGCUGCAGAAGCUAAGAUUGCCGAAAAGAUUGCAGCUUUGGUGGAAGAAGUUUAUUCUGCUCAACGGGAACGCGAUGAAGCUGUCAUGGCAAGGCUUAAGUUAGCCAAUGAAGAGAGAGAUGAAGCAUUUCUAAGAGUCCAGCGUUUAGAACAGUCUCUCAAAGAGCUAGAAAAUAUUAACCCUGAAGAAAAUGACAUGACAUUACAGGAAUUACUGAACAGAAUAAACAAUGCAGACACAGGGAUAGAUAUACUGAAGAAUGGAGCUAUAAUUCUGAAUCGAAUACACAGGACCAAAGAACGUAAAAAGAAAAUAAUAGCUGAGGAAAUGAAUGCAGUAAUAGAACAACGGGAUGCUGCUUUGUCUCAAUGCAAACGGCUGGAGCAGGAGCUUCAUCAUCUGAAAGAGCAGAACCAGACUUCAGCAAACAACACGAGACAUCUGACUGCUGAAAACAAUCAAGAACGUGCUCUGAAGGCAGAAUUAAUAGCCUUGCAACAAGAAAAAGAAGCUGCUCUUCAACAGUGCAAAAAAUUAGAAGAAGAAAUCCAGACAUUGCGUGUUUAUUACAGAUUAUACAAAUCUCUGUCUGAAGGAAUGAAUAUGAAGGACCAGCUUAACUGUACUUUUGGUACUUCUGAAGGUGGACUGCAAGGCAGGGAGGGUGUUGUAACCCUUACCUAUGGCCAGGUUGAAGAUCUGGCAGCUCAGCUGCAGCAGGCUCGGUCAGAGCAAAAGGACACAGAGAUGAAGCUCCAGAAAGCCCUGGAAGCUUCACGUGAGGCCAAUGAAAAAGUUCAGAAGUUGGAAAGACUGGUGGACGUCCUGAGGAAGAAGGUUGGAGCAGGGACCAUUAGGACCGUGAUCUGAUUGAAAGCUCUAGUCUAAGGAAGCAUUCACAUCUGGUGACCAGGCUGCUUCAUUCAGCACUGUGUAAACACUAAAGCCUUAACUUAGCAAACAGUUGUUAGAAGUGGGACACUCCAGCGACAUUCCAAGCUGAGAUAAAAUCAAAUCAUAAAUGUUUAACUACUUUGCUGCUGAGUUCUGUGAUUUGUUGAAAUGUUUCACUGCAAACAUAUAUUUGUUUUUAAGCAGAUGCAUUGUGGCACUGUGUACUGUGAAAAAUGAUGUAAAUGCUUAUUUUAACAGUCUGUCCUCUCGAUGUUUCUAGACUAUAGUCUGCUGCAAGGCACAGCUUGAUCAUGUUUUCAAAUACUGCAGGCUUCAGGUGCAAAAUCCUGCAAAGCAGUUUCAAAAUUUAAAUCCCUUUUGUUAUUUGUGAGACUGCAAACAGCCCGGUAUUUGUAUGUUAAAUAUAUUAAUUGAUAAAGUAGGUUCACAGUCAAGAAAUAUCUCUGGCUAGUAUACUGAAGAUUUUUUCCUCGUUACUCAUAGCCCAUUGAAUUGCAGCUAGUGACUGUGGCUACAUCUAAGCCACAUGUAUACAUGUAUAGCUUUAUACAAUGGUUGAAUAGCUACUGCUGGUACAUGACAUUUUCAGCUUAGCUUAAAAAGAAAUGUACAGUUAGGUUUCACUAGAGGUACAGCUUCAUAAAUUGCAACAUGAAAGCCUUGUGACAUUGUACAGUAUCUCAGACAGUGGGGAAGGUUUCCUGUAUUGUUUUUAGUCACUCUUUUCUCAUUUCCAGUGAGGGAAAAUCACUCAAAUAUUCAGAAACCACCCUAUAGAUUCACCUUUUCAGUGUAAGGUGGGUCCAUCAACCCUUUCUUACAAGACUUUUUACCUGCUCCUUCUAGACCUCUGAUUGCUCUGCAGUGCAGGAGUACCAUCCAGGUUGGGUUGAGGCCAGACUGCCACCUCUCUGCUUUGUGUACUCCUGAAGUGCCCUGGGACUGAACUCAAGGGCUGAAGGAUAGACUCCUACAGGGAGGGGAGAAACUGAGGGCUGAGGAGGAAAAUUUGGGGUACACAGGCAUUAUAGACCUUUUUUCCAUGUCUCUUGCAAUUUUACGUAUUUGGCAUCCUUCCCCCACCAUCUUUUUUCCAGAGAGAACCCCUAGUCUCUUGUAAAGAAGUUGUCUUGUGUUUUUAAUUGGCCUUGUCAUGCUAAUCUAUUUCUUUUCCAGCUCUGCUGUGUUUUUACUGAGAUACAACCAGAUUUGUGCCUGGUAUUCAAGGUACAGACAAAUUGUGACUUUAACAGUUGUCAUAAUGAUGUUGUCUCUUUUAUUCUCUAUGCUAUUUGUAAUCAUGUUUAGCAUUGGAUUUGCUUUAUGACAGAUGAUUUCUUGGAAUUAAUAUUUCUAUAAUAAUACUAACAAUUCUAGAUCUCAUUCCUCAGUUACAAUAUUCAGCUCAAAGUUCAUUGUAUGGUGUAUGGAGACAGAACUGUUUUCUGAAUGCGUAACUUUGCAUUUAUGGGUCAUUUGCUGUUUUUGUGUGCGUUCCCUGGUGACCAUGAGCUCCUAUUCCAUCUCUUCUCACUAUUCAUCUUUACUACUCAGGGUAGCAUAGUAUCAUUGGUAUCUCCAUGCUGAAUGUGGUGAUAUGAAAUAGCAUUAUCUCCAAAUUAACCCCCUUUCCAAGGUGAUUUAGUUAAAUUGAACAACAGGGGCUCUGGGGUAAAGACAUCUGUAGGACAAUAAGGUAACUUUCCUUCACUGUGAAAAUGAUACAUUUAUUCUUACCCAUUGUUUUAAUCUAACUUUUAACUACUUAUUUUUCUAUGUAGAGAUCUUCCCUCUUACUCCUUGGCAGCUUUGAUGAGGAAACUUGUUUGCUACUUUGAAAAUGCAAGUUUACUAAAUCAGGGCUUGUUUUCCAUGCGUGAAUGGGCUAAGUUCCUCUUUCCCCUAGGAGUAUCGAGAAGUCCUCACCUUGCCCCAAAUCUUUCCACCUCUGAGCAAAUAAUCUUGUAAGUGCAGGCUUCAUACAGCAAGACUGUUUGACCUCCAUCCUCUUGUGUCAGCUGGCUUUUUUUAGGAAAGUAAGAUUGCUCUGGCAAAAGCAAUCUAGUGGGCUUAAUGUCAGAUAUAUCUGAUUGUGGGUAAUACUUGAUUCAGUAAAAUUAGGUGAUGAUUUUGCUUCAUAAUUUUCCUUUUGACACAUUGUACCUAAGUGAAAAAAUAUUUUCUGACUCUGUCUUAUGUCUUGUACCAAACAGCCUGAAAUUCAGUGAGCUUUUUAGUUAGGAGCUUUUAACAUGCUGUAGAUAAAUUGCUUUGAAUCAUAAUUAAAAUAGGUGUUGAUUUUUAAAAUUCAGCUAGAAAUGUUUGUCUUCUUUGAGAGGGACCUUGGGAAAUUUACUGUGCUGAGAGGUGACGAUUUGGAAACGGUUGGGUUCUCGCUCUUCCUUGCGAACAACCUGGUGUGUGGUCUUUGGCAAAUCCCUUAGUGACGGCCAUAAAAGGUAUGCAGCCCCUGAAGAGGUGCCUGGGCUCCUCGGGGGAGUUUGCAAAAGCAUCUGUGUGGCUAACGUCAAAACGCUGUCGCUUCUUCACCAGUUGAAGUAAACAGCAAAAGCCACAUAGGUCCAGUAGUGGCCUUUAGUGGCCCUUGGGUGAAUUUCUAGCCCCAUCGAACCCAAUCUGAGUUUUGCCUUUCAGUGUAACAAGGGCAGGAAUUCAGGUCUGGCAUGUAGAAACGAGCGAUAACGAUAACAAGGGUUAAAUGGCUUUUAUCAUGUAGUUUAUUCAUUGAGAACUGAUUGAUGUCCAUGCAGAGCUCUGAAGGUGAAAAUAAGCUUGCCCCUAUAUAGCAGACAAAUGUAAUUGUCACUUCUGUCCUAAUUUAUGAGAGAAGGAUGAGGUUGCAUCCGAUUAUGUACCAGGAGUAGCAAUUCAUUUGCCUCCCGAUGGAACAGCAGUUCAUGAUGAAAGGUGGUUCACCACAGGCAACGCUUAUGGUGACAGUUGUAAUUACUGGUCAAAUUAGUGUCCCUGCUGUCUUGAAGAGCACCGAGAUACUCAGAAACGUCCUUCCCCUGUGAGAUUCUGGGUUUUUCUCUUGAUGAUCCUGCAGCACGUUAUGCACGGGGAACGAUUUCUGGUAUAUGCCAGGGUAAAAUAUGUAAAUAGCAUCGUGUUGGCUCGGGAUAAGAGCGUUAUUAAUGCUUUUCAGCACUGUAAUUAUAUUCAUAGUAAGCCUUCCCUAAGCCCUCACUAAUUAACAAUAUUGUGACAAAUCAACUUUAACAGAAAAGAACUGUGGACCUUUAGUCAUUUAGUACUGUUUUUCAUUCAGCCCACAGCCCAAAAUUGGUAGCACGUUUUCUGUACUAGUGUUGGAAAAACUGCUGAUAUUUGAAAAGUUCAGAGCCAGCUCAGUCUUGUUAGUGGAAUCCUGUAGAUGAAGUCAGUUUGAUUCCUCUUUAAAUAUAUACACAGGAAAGUAAGAUUCAUUAGUUAAUCAUUAUUGUAGGGGAAUAUUAAAACUGCUUUUAUAAAUAAACCAUCAUAUUGAAAUAGUUUAGUAAUGUCAAUAUGUUGUCAAAGGCACAUUUCUUUAUUUAUUUAUUCCAAAUCACGGGAUAUUUUACAAUAUACCUUAAUUUUCAAAUUAAAUGGCUUUAUAAAUAUUCUUAUCAGGUGAUGAAUAUUUGUAACAUCUUUAAUCCACAUACACAGAUGAACUUGCUAUCUAAAUGUCAGGAUUUCUCUGCGCCUUUAUUUUCUUCAUUUAGAAUAAUUCCAGAUGAAGGCUGUUAGGUUUGUUGGGUUUUUUUCUUUUUAAUUUGUACCCCAGAAGAUUUUCCUCCCGUGCAAGAAUAAGCCAUGUGGCAAAUAAAAUCACUGACCGGCUGUUUCUCUGAUACUGCGCUUGCUAUGAUCGCAGCAUUACACGUACUGACUCUUAUGACUGUACCAUUUCACAUCAGCUCUGCAGAACUGGACUUUCUCUGUUUGUUCUUCUCAUGCAUUGGUAAAUAAAAUGUAUUCACAAGUCCAAAAAACCAAAGUGGUGUUCUCGUAUUAGGUUGAUUAUAAGUCAGCUGUUGAGCUUCAGUGGUCUAAACAUUUCAUUCUUCAGUUUUGUUGGGAGCACACGUGUUCUAGGAGGCUUUUAAACAAAUACUUGAAAUGGUUGAAAGAUUUACAUUGCCAGUGCCUGGCUAAAUAUGUAGUCUUUAGAAAAGACAUGGUUUAUUUUGGCACCAUUUGAAAAACUCAAAUAUUUUAAACAUUUGUUAAGUUCGAGCUUGCACAUUUGAACUAAAAGUUUGCAUUCCAAAAUUGCAUCUCCAGUUACCUGUCUCUCUCUCUUUUGUAUUUUAUAAUCCCUUUAUUAAAAUAGCCUUUGCAAAAGGA